AGCAUGUAAAGGUUUGGUCUUUAAAGUCUGGGGCACGUGUUUUAAAACCUUUUGCCCGUGAUAAUGUUUAGUUUUAUAAUUUUGUCAUGUGUUAUUUGAAAUGACAAUUCAAUGAUCUUGCUUAGCAGAUAUUAAUCUUUAUUAUCUGUAUUAUAACUCUUCGUUUAUAACCUUAUUUAUACUGUCUAUGUUUUUAACGCUCGAAGUAAAUCUCAAUUUCACUUAGGUAAAACUCUCAACAAGUCACUGCGCCCUCGUGUGGUCAUGUUGUGGAACUGCACUUACCUUUUUGCUCCUGAGAAAUUCCAACAUUGAGGAGUGUUUUGAGUAUUCCUGCUGCCCUGCUUCAUGUGAUGACCUGACUGCUCCCCCACAGUGAGACCUGCACAUCCCUACAUCAACACUGACAGGACUCCCAGAGAUGUCUGGAUCAACGGAUCAUCGUUCAGAGAGCCAUCGACUCUCAGACACCUUGAUUAGGGUGACACCCACUGCAGUAUCUAUGGCUGGGUCCUCUCACUGCGGUAACAACACUUCUUAUUGAAACUGGCUUAUAAUCCUGCUUUUGCUUCGAGAGGAUUCCUUAACUUACCACCUUGUUGUGAUUAAAAGUCUUGGAAAAGUUUUAAAGAAAAGAAGAAUACAUUUGGUGGGCUGGGAUGGAAAUCAUGUAUUCUCACAACAGGAAUAACAACAUCAAUGCAGAGAGAAGCAGGAAGAACGUAAAAGGCAAAACAUGGGCUCACUUGAAGUGGACUCCACAGCAGGAAGACAUCAUCAACUUUACACCCCAGGUGGAGACAAAGGAGACUCUGACGGUGGAGGACAAGGAGGUGAUGCAGCGCACUGCGUUGGGAAAGGCCAUUUUUGACCUGAGCCACUCAGAGAGGGUGAUGAAUGAUCUGAUGUUCGGAAGGCGGGUGGGGCUUUACGAGCUGAGAGGAGAGAUUGGCUCUGGAAACUUCUCCCAGGUUAGACUGGGGAUACAUGACCUGACCAAAGAAAGAGUUGCAGUAAAAAUCCUGGAUAAAGUUCGACUGGACAAACAAACACGAACGCUUUUCGAGUCAGAAAUCUCUUGCAUGAUGAGUCUGGCUCACCCCAACAUAGUGUGCCUGUAUGAGGUGCUAGAGACCUUCAAGAAGCUCUACCUGGUGAUGGAGUACGCUGGCGGAGGAGAGCUGUUCUCCCGUAUCAGCAGCAGGGGGCGCCUGUCAGACCUGGAGAGCAGGCUUGUGUUCUCUCAGAUUUUGUCUGCAGUCAAACACAUGCAUGAUAAUAACAUUGUGCACAGGGACCUGAAGGCGGAGAACGUCUUCUACACCAGCACCGACUGCAUCAAAGUGGGCGACUUUGGUUUCAGCACGUACUGCCACCCCAACGAUGUCCUACACACGUUCUGUGGUUCUCCACCCUACGCAGCGCCUGAGCUGUUUACAGAGAACAGUUACUCGGGUCAGUGUGCAGAUAUUUGGGCGCUGGGCGUCUUGCUUUACUUCAUGGUGACUGCCUCUAUGCCAUUUAAAGCUACAAACACAAAUCUGCUGAGGUGUUGCAUCCUGCAGGGCUCCUAUGUGAUCCCCUCAUAUGUUCCCACAUCAUGUCAGGAGAUCAUCCGGGGUCUGCUGAGGCUGGUUCCUGAGGAUCGCCUCACUAUUGCACAGAUCAUGAGCAGCAACUGGAUGACAGGUAUUGAAUACCCACAAGCUUACCCAGCUUGUGCACAGACACCCUCCCACCUGGUCGAGCCUUCUCACAUCCUCAACUCAGAUGAGCUGAGUGUGAAAGCAGCACUGGAGGAUCUUGGCAUCACUAAAGACCAUCUCUUAAAUAACAGUCCUGACUUAAGAAGUCCCAUCAACGGGGCUUACAGGAUUCUGCUUCACCGCAUCCAGAAGAGGUGGUCUGUGGAAGCUGUGGGCUACAACCAGACUUACACCAAAGAGUCCCAGAACAGACUAAGAUGGAGAGCGGGCUCAAAGGGGACGAUAAACAAACGCCAGUCUGUGGUGUGUGGCAUCAUGUAGUUAGGUCCAUCAAAGCAGGAGUUCUGCAUAUUGAGGUGUGCUCAUUUGCAAUUUGAGAAGAUGGACAACAGUCUUAUGUUAUAGUGUUACAAUUCAGAUGCUUUUGUCCAAAGUGACGUACAUCUGAGAGUGAGUACAACACAAGCAAAGAUCUAGACAGGAAGGAAACAAUGUGAGUAAGACCCACACAGUCAGGUCAGGCACAGGUGCUGCCUUGCAGGGCUAGAGGCGAUGCACAGGGUGUAAAGAAGAACGAUGUCUGUGCAUUAAAGCUACUGCAAAAUUGCCUUGUAUUAUCAAAAAUCAGAUGUGUUAUAAAAAUGAAGCAUCCAGUAAAGCACCAACAAAAUCUGCGUAAAAUAAAUCUUUAAUUAGAUUUCAUUUACUUUAAUUUCUUCAGACUGUGUGGUCUGGCAGAACUUGCUUUGGUUUUGCAAUCUACUUGGAACUAAUCACAACAACUGCAGCCAUGCAGAGUCUCUAGUGAAUAGCCCUUUUCACACAUCCUCUGCACUGCUGAAUAUUGUGCAACACUGUCCAGGUAGACUACAUGUGUGAACACACACAGCCGAGUCUGCUCAUGCGUACUUUUUCCUGCCAGCCCUAAAGUGAAAUGUCUGUAAACAGUGAACCAGUGUGUGAAUGCAGCUGGUAAUAGUCUGAAAUGUUUAUUUAACACGUUACUGCUUGACUUCUGGUUGUGUUAAGUACAUUUCCUGAUAAAUGCUGUUGAGAAUCUCUGGGAACAGUCA